AUGGUUAAGUCCUCUGUGACCAAUCAGAAGAAGAAGAAGAAAAAGAGUAAGACGUCGUCCACUUCUGAUGAGCUGGACUCCCUGGAGCUGUCACCCUCGGCCCCACUUACCCCAAGUUCCCUCUCACUCCCUGGGGCCAUGAACCUGGCCCUGCACGGAGGCCAAGAUCUGCAGGACAGUGUCAGUGGCCAGUCCGACCAGUCCCCGGCCAGCGGCGCUGAUGCCAGGUGUGACCAGGACGGUGUGAGCGGCCAGGCCCCGGCCAGCGGCGCAGAUGCCAGGUGUGACCAGGACGGUGUGAGCGGCCAGGCCCCGGCCAGCGGCGCUGAUGCCAGCGGCGCUGAUGCCAGGUGUGACCAGGACGGUGUGAGCGGCCAGCCCACCAGCUGUGGCCAGGGCCCACCCAGCCCAAAGGCCAGGAACCAGGAUGUGGCACAACUAAAGGAGAAUGGCCUCACAGGGCCCGUCGGGGGUGUGACCAGGGCUGGUGGCUGCCCUCUGCUGGGUCAGAUGGAUGGAGGAGCAGGGGGAGCCACCAGAGGAGAGUCCCAGAUGAAUGCUGAGCCCCAGGGUCCCUCCGGCUCCUCUCAGCAGGGGCCUGGCCACCCUGAAGCUCCCUUUGAAAGCAGCCCUGUGGAUAAAGACACUGUCCAGAUGCACCCAUUGCUGGAGUUGAAAAGGGACAACUCCGAGCCCAGGAAAGGGGCACAGACCGCCAGGAAGCAGGCAGGGAGCCCAGCUUCCGAGGCCAGCACCACUCCAGCCCAGCCAGCCCAUGAUGUCAAAGUGGCAGGAAAGGAUGGUAGAAAUCAGUCUCAGAAGGUGAAGCCAGCGCUAGCAAGUGUCCCUGCUUCCAGAGAACACAGCCAGGAAGCUGAGACCAAGGACAAAAUAGCAGGUGAGAAUGAGAGAGCCCAGCCCAAGGACCGGAAGAAGCAAGAAGGGAAGGGCAGAACUUACGCUACGACAGAGCAGGGCCGCCAGAAAGAGUGUGCACGUGAAGCACAGAGCAUGCUGAGUCCUGGUGAAGGGGUCAUGGUGUACUUCCACGCCAUUGUCUCCAACGAUUUCGCAUUCGACCCCAACCAACAUCGAGUGUUCAUCAAGGGAGGGAAAGAGUUUGGAAAGCCUCAGUGGGAGCAGAGCGUCUGUGAGAUGAACUACACCAAAGACCUGGGUGAACACGGAUCCCUCGUUGAAGGCAGCACCUUCAUUUCCAAGCAGAGCCUGGACAAGUCCAUUCCUUACAAAUAUGUCAUUGCUCGAGACAACGGCUCCGAGGAGUACGAGUUUAUCUACAAACGUCAGCAGAAGGAAGGACAGCCUGUCAACCGUUGUCUGUGUGUCAAGUCUUCUCUCCUGGGUUCAGGAGAUUGGCAUCAGUACGAUGAUAUCAUUUGCAUGAAGCCUCCUGGAAAGAUUCAGAGGUUCUGGGAUCAUUUAACAGAUGGUACCAGGAGAAACCUGGUCAAAGGGAAGCAGAUUGCGGCUGAAGUGAUGCUGAACAGCAUCUUCAGCAUCCUUCAGAGCUGGAAUGCCAUCAACUUGAAGAGCUUCUUCAUCCAGUUCCAGCAGUUCUAUGUUGUUGUCCGGAAGCCAAUGGUCUAUGAAGGAGGACCACAGCCAUGGAGCUCUUUGCAGUAUGGAACUAAAGAGGUCAACAGUGCCCUGUGGCAUUAUCUCAAAGGGAAAAUGGCUCUGUUUCGGCAAAGAGGCAGCGAGAGUCCUCUGCCUGCCGACUGGCCCGUGAGGAGUGCACUGGCCAUGGGCCUCAUUGUGCUGUUUGUGCUGGAAGAGUUUUCGAUGGUCGUGCCAGAGGCUGACCUGUCUGCCCUCUGCUCCCUCCUGUGCUUGAGUGCCAACGCUCCCAACGCCCUGGACCGAGACUUGCAACCCGUCCUUGAAACUCCUCUGAGCUGGAGAAAGUACUUGGUCAACCUGUGCCAGAGGUGCGUGGACAGGAGGAUGGACUGCUGGGUGCUCAUACUCCCGGUGCUGCAUUACUGCGUGGGGCCGGCCCCCCACAGGAGGGACAUCCCCACCGAGGACACGUGGGCAGCCCUCGAAGGCCUGUCGUUCUCACAGUUUCGGGAAGAAAGAUCAGUUCUGAAUCAGUUGCUGCAGCUCAUGGGGCAGAACACCCACCUGCUGAAUGUGGAUGCCUGUCUCUUCCGGUCCUGGUUCAGCCUGCUGCCGCUGGGUGACCUAGUCGACUACAUGCAGGCCUUGGUCGAGUACUUGAUCGCCUCCCCUGCUCACUUCCUGGACUGCUUCCUGGGGGUCUACUACCGGCUUCGAGGACUCCGAGAGAUCUCGUACAUGAAUCUGGAGAACGUCGAGAAAACUUUAGAGAUGCUGCUGUACCUGUUGGAUGUGAAUCUGAGCAGGGUCCCUGAGGAGCCCUCAUCACAGGCCAGCUUGACCGUCUACUUGAAACUUCACGAAACCGUCUGUGAAAUCACAAAAGAACCAAGGUUUUACAAGAUGCCUGCCUUGUCUGCAGAGAUUCUUGGCAGAGUCGUUUCAUGUCAGCCUGUGGUGGACUCAGCCGAGAUGCAGGGCAGUGAGAAAGGAAGGAAGGACCCAGUCAGAACGGUGUUCCAGGGAGCUCUCACCGCUACUCGCCGUUGGCUUGGACGUGUUUUUGCAGCCAGAAUGUUCCAGAGUUCACUUUUAUCUCAGGUUGCAUUCACGUAUCCUGAGGAAAUGGAGGUCUGGAGACGGCUGGUGGAGAUACGCUUCCCUGUGAAACAUGGCUGGAAGGAGGCGUUGCUGGGUGACAUGGAAGGGAGGCUGAAGCAGGAAAGGCCGCACUUGCAGAUCUUGGCCUAUUGCAACACUGCCUGGGAUGCCUCACACCUGGACGACAGCGUGGCUCAGAGCUUCAAGAGCUGUGUUGUGGAAGCCGUGAGCUCGGCCUGCCAGUCUCACACCAGCAUCCUUGACGGCCUUUCUCUUCGUGAUUUGCGGAAGUUCGGCACACUCGUGUCCGCUGUGGUCACCAAGUCCUGGCCGAAGCGCGACGGGGAGGCUGUGGAUGACGCUGACAGCGUGUUGGAGUACCUGCUCACGGGGCCAGAUGUCAAGCAGCUCUUCAGAUUGCAUGGGACCGAUGAGAAGAUGUUGGCCAAUAUCACAAAGGAGGGAAGGAAGUUGAUGGGCACCGCCGAGGCUGUGUUCACACAAGUUGUUGAUAGCCUCCUACAUGGAACAGUGUUAGUGCGACACUUGGAGCUGAUUCUUAAGCACAAGACACAGUUUCUCGACAUCUGGAAAAUAAAGAAAAAACAGGAGAAAGAGUGUGAUGUGGCGGCCGUGCUGGCCUGGAGGCUGCGUGAGCUGCUGUUUCUAAAGAGGGAGCGAAGAUGCAUCGAUAAUCUCAUAAAGUUGUGUGAGAAGGUGAAGCACUUGCUCAAAGUGGAUUUGGGUGAGAUUGCGCACCAACAUAGGGAAGACCUGAGCACGAAGAGGUUGAGUGAAGCCGUGACGGUGAGGCAGUCCACCUGCUCGGAGGUGGAGCUCCGGACACACUACAGGCUGAGCCCCCAGGUCCAGGACAUGGCCGAGAAGGCGGACUUGCUGCGGGACAGCCACAUCUUCAGGAUGUUCUGGGAGGAAGCCGCGGAGUCACUGAAGCAGCCUGAGGAGGAAUCGGAAGAGGAGACCCUCCUUCUUGAAGAUGCCUAUGAGGCUUUGUAUCGUCCUUCUUACGAGAGGUUCACUCAAUUGUACGAGGACCUCAAGUCCGGAGAGGUCACCCUCGAGGACGUCGAUGCCGUCUUCAAAGACUUUGUCAACAAGUACAGCGACCUGACUCUUGACCUCCAGGUCAUGUGCAGUGUGGACGGGAGUGACCCAAAGCACUGGGUCCAGAAACGUGUGGAACAGAUCCAGGAGUACCAUCACCUCCACCAGGCCGUUCACUCAGCCAGGGUCAUCUUGAAGGUCAAGGAGAAUUUGGGCCUGACUGGUGACUUCACUGUCCUUGACACCUUAUUAAAUGUUACGGAAGCCUUUGACCGCUUUCGCCAUGAGAAGCUGACCCAGAUCAGCCCACAGCUCAUCCAGGCCCGGAAGCUGCUGGAGAGCGUCAGUGACGUGCGGUGCCAGUGCUUGGCGGAGCUGUCCCUGAGGAGGGACUUCAUCAGCUGGGUCCAGGAGGCCCUGGGAGACAACAACGAGCUGAAGGUGUUUGUGGACCUGGCAUCCAUCUCGGCGGGCGAGAAUGACAUUGACGUGGACCGCGUGGCCUGUUUCCAUGACGCCGUGCAGGGCUAUGACGCGCUCCUGUACAAGCUCCCCAAGAAGGCCGGUUUCGCUGAGCUCAUGCGCCAGCUGCAAGAGCUAUGGAAGGCUCUGGAAAAUGACCCAGACCUGCCCAAGAAACUGCGCGACUCUGCCAGGAAUCUGGAAUGGCUGAAAACAGUGAAGGAGAGUCACGGGUCUGUAGAGCUCUCGUCCCUGUCCCUGGCAAAAGCCAUCAACAACAACGGCAUCUAUGUCAUCAAGGCUCCCACAGACGGCCAAAAGAUCUCUGCAGAUUCGGUCCUGCGUCUGGUCCUGCCCGAGUGCCACGGGGACCUGGAACAAACACGAGAGUAUACUUUGGAAGAACUAAAGGAGCUUUUGAACAAGCUGAUGCUGAUGUCUGGCAAGAAAGAUCAAAGCAACACUGAAGUGGAGGCGUUUUCUGAGGUGUUCUGCAACGUGCAGAGGCUGGUCCAAUCCUUCAUGAACCUCUACUCUGCUGGGAACAUGCUGUUCAGAACCUGGACCGCGGAGGUAUACUGCUGCCCCCAGAGCAGCAUCUCCAUCCUCAUAGACUUCAACCUGGAGCUGGUGGGCCAGCUCCUGGGCAGUGGGGAGGUGGCCGGGCUGCUGGAGGCCCUGUGCAGGCAGAUGGAGCACUUCCUGGACCGCUGGAAGGAGUUUGUGGAGGAGAAGCGAGCUGAGCACUUCUAUCUCAACUUCUACACGGCCGAGCAGCUGGUCUACCUGAGCACGGAGCUCAGGAAGCCAAGCCCCAGCCAGGCAGCGCUGAUGAUGCUGUCCUCCAUCGGCGGCAACUGCAGCCCCAGGGCGGUCUCAGAUGCCUCCAGCAGGACUGGCGGCGCGGCCGGCAGACACCACGUGCAGACAGUGAUGGCAGAGUUCCCGCGGUUGCUCUCCUCGGAGCUCAGCCUGGUGGACCAGCUGAGGGUCAUCAUGGAGCAGUCAGUGUGGUGCAUGAGCGCCUUCCUGCCUCACUGCCUGGACCUGGACGCCCUUGGCUGCUGUCUGGCUCACCUGGCCACGGCGAGCGGGUCCCCUGUGGAGCGGCGUCUGCCCAGAGGCCUGCAGGCUGGCCAGCCCAACCUGGUCGUCUGUGGCCACUCGGAGGUGCUGCUGGCCGCCUUGGCCGUCUACAUGGAGGCCCCGCGCCAGCCCCUGCCCACCUACGAUGAGGUGCUGCUCUGCACCCCUGAGACCACGUUCGAGGAGGUGGCCCUGCUUCUGCGCCGCUGCCUCACCCUGGGCUCCAGGGGCCGCAAGGUGUACAGCCUGCUGUUCGCGGACCGGCUCAGCUACGAGGUGGGCUGCCAGGCAGAAGCCCUUUUCCAGCGCCUGUGCCUACAGCCUCACCAUGACGACUACCAGCUUGUCCUGAUCUGCGACUAUGACCGGGAGCACUGCUACUUGCCCUCAGCCUUCAGCCAGUACAAGGUCCUCAUCACCCCACAGGCGCCGCUCCAGGACAUCCAGGCCUACCUGGAGAGCCACUUCCGGGUCCCCCCGCAGACCCCAUCUGCAGCCGCGGUGUUCAGGGACCAGAUGUGCGUCGGGGUGGUGGCGUCGCGGAGAGCUGGUGUUGGAAAGUCUCUCUAUGUGAAGAGACUUCACAGCAGGCUGGAGACCAUGUUCCCUGAGAGAGACGUGCCCCUCAAGGUCAUCCGACUGAUGGAUCCCCAAGUGGAUGAAAGCCAGGUCCUGCGCACCCUCCUGCCCUUCCUGAGCGCACGGCGCCAGAGAUGCCCCGCAGUUUUCCACUUCGACGUGACCUCGUCAGUGCAGUCUGGAAUCUGGGGCUUCCUUUUCAAACUCCUCGUGCUCCGAUACUUAAUGGACGUAAACGGGAAGAUGUGGUUUCGCAGUCCCUGCCAUUUAUACGUCAUUGAAAUCCUGGAAAAGAAUUCUGUUGUGCCAAACAGGCCUUCAAGACUGGGUACCCACUCCCCCAAGUUUGGUUUUCUUGACAUCUUCCCCAAAAUCACUUGCCGGCCUCCCAAAGAGGUGAUGGACAUGGGUCUGAACCCAGCGGCAAAGCCCAGAGAUCCUGGGAUGGAUCAGGAGGAGUUCUGCAGUGAAACGUUCCAAAGACCGUACCAGUAUUUGAAACGAUUCCAUCAAAAGCAAAACCUGGAUACUUUUCAGUACGAAGGCUUCGUUGAAGACACGCCCGAGGAGUGCCUCCAGCAUCUGCUGAUUUACUGCGGGGUGAUUGACCCGUCGUGGUCAGAGCUUCGGAACUUUGCUCGCUUCCUGAAUUACCAGCUCAAAGACUGCGAGGCCUCUGAUUUCUGUAAGCCUUAUUUCAUUGGAGACACACUGCAGGGCUUCAAGAACUUUGUGGUCACCUUCAUGAUCAUUAUGGCAAGAGACUUUGCCACGCCAACCCUGAGCAGCUCUGACCAGAGCCCAGGGACUCCUAUGGUGAACAUGGACGGGGUCAAGGAAGAGGAUCUAGCUCCUUUCACUCUGCGGCGGAGGUGGGAGUCAGAGCCCCACCCCUACGUUUUCUUCAACGGGGACCACAUAUCCAUGACAUUCAUUGGCUUCCAUUUCCGGCCCAAUGAGAACAAUGCCCUUGAUGCCAUCAAUCUCUUGAAUGGGAGCGUCAUCAAGAAGGACGUCAUGGCGAUGGAACUGUACAGAGGGCUGCUGCAUCAGAGGGUGCCCUUCAACGUGGACUUUGAUCAGCUGCCCAGACACCAGAAACUGGAAAAGCUCUGCAUGGUGUUAGGGAUCCAGUGGCCCAUUGACCCUGAUGAAACCUACGAGCUCACAACAGACAACAUGUUGAAGAUCCUUGGCAUUGAGAUGCGGUUCCGGUGUGGGAUCCCCGUUGUCAUCAUGGGAGAAACCGGCUGCGGGAAAACCAGGCUCAUCAAGUUCUUUAGUGACCUGAGGCGUGGGGGUGUCAAUACAGAAACAAUGAAGUUGGUCAAGGUUCAUGGAGGAACCACUGCAGACAUGAUCUACUCCAAGGUCAGGGAGGCUGAGAACAUCGCCAUCUUCAACAAGACCCACUAUGAGCUCGACACCAUCUUGUUCUUUGAUGAAGCCAACACAACAGAAGCCAUCAGCUGUAUCAAAGAAGUGCUGUGUGACCACACGGUGAACGGUGAGCCCCUGGCUGAGAACUCCGGUUUGCAUAUCAUUGCCGCCUGCAACCCUUACCGGAAGCACUCGCAGGAGAUGAUCCGCCGCCUGGAGUCGGCGGGGCUGGGCUACAGAGUGAGCUCGGAGGAGACAGUGGAGAAGCUGGGCUCCAUUCCUCUGAGGCAGUUGGUUUACCGUGUCCAUGCUCUGCCCCCCAGCAUGAUUCCCCUGGUGUGGGACUUCGGACAGCUGAAUGAUACUGCCGAAAAGCUCUACAUUCAGCAAAUUGUCCAGAGGCUGAUGGACUCCGUCGUGAUAGGGCAAGAUGAGAGUCUUCUGAUCACAGAAGUGCUUUCUGCCUCUCAGGCUUUCAUGAGGCAAAGGGAAAACGAGUGUAGCUUUGUCAGCCUUCGGGACGUGGAACGCUGCGUGAAAGUCUUCAGGUGGUUUUAUGACCACAGUGUGAUGCUCCUGGCAAAACUGGAAUCCUUCCUUUUGAAGUCAGGUGACGUAAAACAUCCAUUUGAGAGAAGUCCUGUCCUCUGGUCUCUGGUGCAGGCCAUUGGGGUCUGUUACCACGCCUCAUUAGAAAAGAAGGAAUCAUAUAGGAAAGCCAUCUGCCAGUGUCUUCCAGAACCAUAUAAUGACAGCAGAGUUAUCCUGGAUGAGAUCAGUCAAACGCAGGAUCUUUUUCUGAGUGGUGUACCUCUGAGAAAAACCAUUGCCAGGAACUUGGCUUUGAAGGAGAACGUAUUCAUGAUGGUGGUCUGCAUUGAGCUUAGGAUCCCUCUCUUCCUGGUGGGGAAGCCCGGCAGCUCCAAAUCUCUCGCCAAGACCAUUGUGGCCGACGCCAUGCAAGGCCAGGCAGCCUACUCGGAUCUCUUCCGGAACCUGAAGCAGGUGCACCUGGUGUCGUUCCAGUGCAGCCCGCACUCCACCCCCCAGGGCAUCAUCGGCACCUUCAAGCAGUGUGCUCGCUUCCAGCAGGGCAAGGACCUGCAGCAGUAUGUCUCCGUGGUGGUGUUAGAUGAGGUCGGGCUGGCUGAAGACUCUCCCAAGAUGCCCCUGAAGGCUUUGCACCCACUGCUGGAGGACGGCUGCAUUGAAGACGACCCCGCCCCCCACAAAAAAGUGGGCUUCGUUGGCAUUUCCAACUGGGCCCUGGACCCCGCCAAGAUGAACCGGGGCAUUUUUGUGUCACGUGGCAGUCCCAACAAGAAAGAGCUCAUCGCGAGUGCCAAGGGGAUUUGCCAUUCGGACACUCUCGUUCAGGACCGAGUCCAAGGGUACUUUGCUUCCUUUGCCAAGGGCUACGAGACUGUGUGCAAGAGCCAGGACAAGGAAUUCUUUGGGCUUCGUGACUACUAUAGCCUCAUCAAAAUGGUCUUUGCCUCGGCCAAAGCUUCCAAUAAAAAGCCCUCCCCGCAAGACCUCGCACGGGCCAUCCUUCGAAACUUCAGUGGUAAAGACGACAUCCAUGCUUUGGACAUUUUUAUGGCCAGUUUACCCGAGGCGAAGCGCUCUGAAGAAGUCAGCACGGUCCAGCUGAUCCGGCAGAACAUUUUCGGCGACCAUCAGAUGGGUCAGGAGCUGGAAGAUGCUGAGUGCCGCUACUUACUUGUGCUGACCAAGAAUUACGUGGCCCUACAGAUCCUCCAGGAGAUGUUCUUCAGCGAGGACCAGCAGCCAGAGAUUAUUUUUGGCUCCAGUUUUCCCAGGGACCAGGAGUACACCCAGGUCUGCAGAAACAUCAACCGUGUGAAGGUCUGCAUGGAGACCGGCAAGAUGGUGGUCCUGCUUAACCUGCAAAACCUCUAUGAGAGCCUGUACGACGCACUCAACCAGUACUACGUCUACCUGGGGGGGCAGAAGUACGUGGACUUGGGCCUGGGCACCCAUCGCGUCAAGUGCCGGGUUCACCCGGCCUUCCGUUUGAUCGUCAUUGAAGAGAAAGAAGUUGUGUACGCACGUUUCCCCAUCCCGCUCAUCAACCGGCUGGAGAAGCACUACCUGGACAUCAAUACUGUGCUGGAGAAAUGGCAGAAGAACAUUGUAGAAAAGCUCAAGGCGUGGGUGCAGGACUUCAUCCACGUGCCAGCAGGUCAGUUCCAAGCCAGCCACAGAUACAGCCCGUCCGAGGUCUUCAUAGGCUACCACUCGGACACGUGUGCCUCCGUGGUGCUGCAGGUCAUAGAGAGGCGUGCUCCCAGCAAGUUGAGCGGCGACCUCUUCCAGAUGGUGUUGGAGGACGCCAAGCUGAUCCUGCUGGGCUGUGCCACCCCCGACGCAGUGGUGCGGCUGAGUGCGUCCUCGCUGGGGUGUUUUGCGGCCCAGGCGCUGUCCCAGGAAUACUACUACGGUCAGCAGCACAAUUCCUUCGUGGAUUUCCUCCAGGCACACCUCUGCUCGAUGGGUCUGGAGCGCCAUGCCGUCUUCACAGAGAUCACCACUUUCUCCAGACUGCUCACCAGUCACGACUGCGGGGUUUUAGAGUCCGAGGUGAAGGGCAGGGCUCCGAGGCCCACCAUCCUGUCCUUGCAGCAGUUUGACACGGAGUACUCGUUCCUCAAGGAAGUCCGAAACUGCCUCACUGACACAGUCGGGUGUAAAAUCCUCAUUAUUCAGACAGAUUUUGAAGAUGGCACUCACAGCGCUCAGCUCAUUGCCUCAGCUAAGUACGCCGCCAUCAAUGAAAUCAACAAGGUCCAGGGAAGGCAGGGCUGCGUCCUGGUCUAUUUCAUCACGAAGCUCUCCCGGAUGGGAAGUGGAACGUCCUACGUGGGGUCCCACGGAGGGUUGUGGCAGUGCGUGCACAUUGAUGACCUUCGCAGAUCCACCGUCAUGGCUGCCGACGUGACUAAGCUGCAGAACAUCCCCAUCAGCCAGCUGUUCAAGCCACAGGACAAGCCUGAGGCCGUCAAGGUGGGGCACAGAGCAGAGGGCCACGGCGAGGGGGAGGAGAUGGAAACACAGACGGAGGGACCAGGGGAGACGGCAGAGGGGGAGAUGGAGGUGGAAAGCCCUCGAGCCAUGGAGGAGGAAGUGUCUGGGCUGCGGAGCAGUGAGGCCCUGGACACCACCAGCCUCCUGAGGAGCUGUGUGCAGAGUGCGGUGGGGGUGCUCAGAGACCAGCACGAGGGCGCAGCACGCGGCACCCGGAGGGUGGAGGUUCUGCUCAGCCUCCUGAACGAAGACGACGCCUUCAGGGCUUCAUUCUUGCGGGUUUCCAAGGAGCGCCUCUAUGUUCUGUUGAAAAAGCAAGAGGAGAACAUGUGCCAUUUGGAAGAGUGGGUGGUGCGGGAAGCCUCCAAUCAGGAUGCCCUCCAGGAGGCGGGCACGUUCAGGCACACCCUCUGGAAGCGGGUGCAGACCGCAGUGACCCCCCUGCUGGCCAGGAUCAUCUCGUUCAUCGACAGGGACGGCAACCUCGAGCUGCUGGUCAGGCCCGACUGUCCACCCUGGGCGAGGGAUCUCUGGAUGUUUAUUUUCAGUGACACUAAGCUUCUCAACAUCCCUCCUGUGACGAAUGAUGCAAGGUCUCAGGGCGAGAUGUCCUACAUUGUGGUACAGAGUUACAUGAGGCUCUCAGAGAAUGACGUCCCGUUCAGCUGGAGAAUCAAGGACUACCUAGAGGAGCUGUGGGUCCAGGCGCAGUACAUCCCAGGUGCCGAAGGGGUACCCAGGAAGCUGGUGAAAAUCUUCCAGCAGACGCCUCUGGGCAGCUUCAUUGCUGGGCUCAGCAGAGAGCAGCAGCAGUCACUGCUUCACAGCUACUUAAAGGACUUUCUGCUCUUGACCAUGAGCGUGUCCUCCUGGGAAGAAUUAAAGUUUCUACAGAUGGCUCUGUGGUCCUGCGUCGGCCAGCUGAAAGCGGCAGAGGGAAGGCCGGAGGACGGGGUGGCCCUGCCGUGGGUGCACCUGGCCUAUCAGCGCUUCAGGAGCCGGCUGCAGAACUUCUCCAGGGUCCUGGCCGUCCAUCCCCAGGCUCUGGACAGCCUGAGGAAAGCGACACAGAGCCACGGCCUGACUGAGAGUGAGAUGACACUGGAUGCACUGGCAGCCAUGGCCUGCGUUGAAAUGCUGACAAGAGACACCCUGCAGCCAAGCCCUCAGGCGUGGUUACGGAUGGUGAAGAACCUGUCCACUCCGCUGGAGUUCCUGUGUUCCAAGGCGCACAUGCAGGACAGCGGGGACACGACCAGGGUGCUCGUCAGGGAGCUCAGGACCCAGUGGAAUCGGAUUUUUUCCGUCGCUCUCUUUGUGGAGCAUGUGCUUCUGGGAACCGCGAGUCAAAUCCCUGAGCUCCUCGGCCUGGUGACUGAACACACGGCCUCCCUCAACAAGUGUCUGCAGGAUAACUCUGACAUCAAGACGCUGAGGCCUUUCAUGGCCGUGAUGGCUAUCCUCUGUGAAUGUAAGGACCAGGCCAGCAAGACCUUCACCAGGUUUGGGAUUCAGCCGUGCCCCAUUUGCCUGGGAGACACACAGGACCCUGUCUGCCUGCCCUGUGACCACAUGUACUGCCGAGGCUGCAUCCAAACCUGGCUCAUCCCAGGGCAGAUGAGAUGCCCCUUCUGUUCGACUGACUUGCCAGACGACUUCUCGCUGACGGUUUCCCAAGAGCACAGGUGUAGGCCUAUUCACUCUGCCACCAUGUUUGGUGUGCACAUGCCCCUGGACGCUCACUCGCAUAUUAUGGAUUCAAUGCGUGAGAAAACCAGUGCCUGCUCUGAAAGCAAGGGCCUGAGCCGCCUGCGGGAGGAAGGCCAUUUCCUCAGGACUUGCUCCUCACUGAGACAUGGCCCGGGCUCAGCCAAGGAGGCUUCUGUCGAAUACCUGCAGGAGGUGGCCCGUAUCCGCCUCUGUCUUGACAGGGCCUCCGACUUCCUCUUCGAGAUGUAUGCGGGCUCAGAGAACACAAGGGAGAAGCAGGAGUACCUGCAGCACGUCCAGCUCUUCUGCACCCAGGCCAAGAACGACUGGUUCCGUGUGUACUUGGUGAGGAGGCUCACGGGCCAGCACACGAUGGAGUUUGUGCAGAGCCUUGCCAAGCGGGGGCACCCGGCCCAGUGGGUGUUCCCCAGGGAAGUCAUCACGCAGCAGGGCCUCGCGGAGGACUAUCCCAGCCAGCUGGACCGGUUCCUCGUGUACGGCAGUGGGUACAAGGCCCUCCGUGAUGCAGUGGGCAGAGCCGUCCUGGAGUGCAGGCCCCAGGGCAUCACGGCCGCGAUGGAGGCCUGCAGGGACCCUCAAACUCAGCAGGUGGCCCACUUAGUGUUGGCACUUUUCCGAGAGGUCACUGUUCUGUACAGAUCCUGUAACGCGAGCCUCUACCCUAAGCCUGAGCAAUGCGAGGCUGUCAACAGAUUCAUUGAAGAAACCCAGAUCCUUUCUCCUGAAAUCAGACAUUUUGCGACAUCCCUUGUGGCCAACACUCUGCCGUUGCUGACGACAGGGCCCAGUGAUAGGGUCCUUGAUGCAGCAGUGACGGAGAUGGCUGUCCAUGCUGCCACCAUCCUCCUCUGUGGGCAGAACAAAGUCUUGGAACCCCUGAGGAACUUGGCCUUCUCCCCAGCCAACAUGGCGAAUGCUUUUCUGCCGACCAUGCCUGAAGACUUGCUGGUUCAAGCGAGGGGCUGGAGUGGUCUGCAAGGAGUCCGCUGGUACACCUGUCCCAACGGCCACCCGUGCUCUGUAGGAGAGUGCGGCAUGCCAAUGGAACAGAGCUACUGUGUUGACUGUGGUCUUCGCAUCGGCGGCACCGAUCACCGGCCCCGUGAAGGCUUCCACCCUAUCACAAACGACGUGGACAGAACUCAGACUGGCCAUGUGCUGGGAGACCCUGCGGCCAGAGAUGGAAUGGCGGUGUCUGACCGAGCUCUCUCCCCUGCAGUCUUCAUCCUCAUCCGGUUCCUCACUCACUUGACUAUGCUCUUGGGAGCUGCUCAAAGCCCCCAGGCUCUGACAAACAUCAUCAAGCCUCCAGUGCAGGAUCCACAAAGAUUCCUCCAGCAGCACAUCCACCGAGACCUGGAGCUGCUGACCAAGACCCUGGGCAGGAGUGCUGACGAGACCACCACCGUGGUGCACCUGACCCUGCGCGGCCUCCUCAGAGGCCCUGCUUCCCGCUCUGGCCAGAGGCUUUUAAAUUUUGAUGCAAGAUGGUCAACCAAGGAGAUGAGAAACAACUGGGAAAAAGUUGUCCAAAUGAUCAUUUUAUCUGAACUGGAGCAUCUAGAUAAAACUCUCCUGACCGUCAGUACUCUGAUGAGCCAAGAUGAACGUAUAAGCUCCAACCCUGUGGCCAGAAUCGUCUACGGUGACCCGGCAAGCUUCCUGUGCCACCUGCCACAGAAGAGUGUGGUCCACUGCUCUCGGAUCUGGAGCUGCAGGCGCAGAGUGACAAUCGAGUACCUCCAGCACAUCGUGGAGCAGAAAAACGGCAGGGAGACGCUGCCCAUCCUCUGGCAGUUCCUGCAGAAGGAAGCAGAGCUGAGACUGGUGAAAUUCUUGCCUGAGAUUUUGGUCCUGCAACGGGACCUGGUGAAGCGAUUCCAGAAUGCGUCAGAAGCUGACUACGGGUCCCUCCGGGAUUUCAUUGCCCAUCAUCACUCAGGUGGGUUGCAGCAGCUGUUUCGCAGGAGAAUCACCACCUUUCUGUCCACGUGGAACAAGCUGAGAAGGUCCCUCGAGACUGACGGUGAGAUCAAGCUCCCUCAGGACUUCUGCAGCAGGGACUUUGAUCUGGAUGCCCACUUUGAGCUCAUCCUGCCACGUCGCCAGGGGUGGGGGCUCUGUGCCACCGCCUUAGUCAACUACCUGAUUAAGCUGCACAAUGAAAUGGUCUACACGGUGGACAAAUUCUCUGAGGAAAGUAACAGUUACUCCAUCGAUACCUCUGAGGUCACCGACCUGCACGUCAUCAGUUAUGAAGCAGAGCGGGACUUGAUGCCUCUGAUUCUCUCCAACUGCCAGUACCAAGUCGAGCCAGGCACGGAGGCCCUGCAGGAGUUUGACCUGGAAAAAAUCCAGCGGCAGAUCACCAGCCGGUUUUUGCAGGGCAAGCCCAGGCUCACCCUCAAGGGAAUACCCACUCUGGUAUACAGACACGACUGGAACUACGAACAUCUCUUCAUGGACAUCAGGAACAAGAUGUCACAGAGCACUCUCCCUCACGCAGCCCUCAGUGCCCUCAGCGGACAGCUGCAGUCCUUCAGCGACGCCUGUGAAGCCCUGUCAGUCAUAGAGGUCACCCUGGGCUUUCUGAGCACCGCUGGUGGCAACCCCAACAUGCCCUUGAAUGUGUACAUCCAAGAAGUCCUGCGAAUGGGUGAUCAGACAAGUCCUGUUUCAAAGGCCCUAAACAGGUGUCAGUUGAAGCACGUCAUUGCCCUAUGGCGGUUCCUCUCGGCACAGAAGUCCGAACAGUUGCUGCGCCUGGGAAAGGAUCCGUUCAGGGAAAUCAGUUCCGAGUAUAAGGAGGACCUCAGCCUGGAGGAUGCGAAACUCCUCAGCCCCUUCCUGCAUCAGACUGACCUAGACGGCUUCUUGUUGGAACUGCAUGAGAUGAUGCUGCUUAAACUCAAGAGCCCCCACAUGGAGACGAGUUUCAACCCUGCAUGGAGCCUGAGAGACACUCUGAUGAGUUACAUGGAAACUAAAGAGACUGGUGUUCUUCCCGACUUGGAAUCUCAGUUCCCGGAAGGCAUCCUGCUCUCCAGUUGCGCCUCAGUGUGGAACAUGGCAGCGAGGCUGAAGCAGGCCCGCCACUCAAGAUAG